AUGUCUACCCCAAACAUUGCCAUCAUUGGUGCCGGUGUUGCUGGCCUCACCCUCGCUCGUGUCUUGCAAGUUCAUGGUAUCCACUCAACUGUCUUUGAGCUCGACACUUUCGCGCGCAGCCGGGAUCAAGGUGGCACUCUUGACCUUCACCCCGAGUCUGGGCAGGCUGCUCUCCACGCAGCUGGUCUGUUUUCCAAGUUCCAGACCUAUAUCCGAAGUGAUGCGCAAGAACACCGCACGCUGGACAAGCAUGGUGUCAUUCACGUACAUGUCAAGUCUGAAGACAACACCGUCGGGAGACCCGAAAUAGAUCGAGGCGAUCUGCGACAGCUCUUGGUCGAUUCGAUUGAAAAGGACGCUAUUCAAUGGGGUACGCGCAUCCAUGAGAUCAAGCCAAGCCAGGAGAACGCCAACAAGUACACGGUUGUCUACAAUGGUGGUCACGAGGCGACAUUUGACCUGGUGGUUGGCGCCGAUGGUGCAUGGUCCAAGGUUCGUGCACUUCUUUCCUCUGCCAAGCCAGUGUAUUCGUCUCUUUCAUUCAUCGAGUUGCGAAUUACGGAUGCCGAGACUCGAUUUCCCGAGAUCCUUGAGACCACUGGCAGAGGCGGCUGCUUCAUUGUGUCCGACGGAAAAUUACUGGGCGCCGGAUGCAAUGCUGACAAAACGAUGCGCAUCUACGCGGGAAUCCCUAUCGAAGAGGACCAGUUUUCGGAGACCAACACCAUCUUCUCCAAGCCGGCGGAGGGGCGGCGCUAUUUGUUGGACAAGUAUGCCGACUGGGAUGACAGGCUCAAAGAUCUCAUUUGUCACUGCGACGAUGUGAUCAUACCUCGCCCGAUCUAUGCGCUGCCGGUCCCGCAUGUCUGGGAGAAUAAGCCUGGCCUAACGUUGAUAGGCGACGCCGCUCAUCUCAUGUCACCUUUUGCUGGUGCGGGCGCCAAUAUGGCGAUGUGGGAUGGAACGGAGCUGGCCUUGGCCAUUUCCGAUGCCGUCAAGACAGGAAAACCUCUCGUGGAUGCCGUCACCGACUUUGAGCGGAGGAUGUAUGAGAUGACGCGUCCCAAGGCCGAGCUGAGCGCUUCCAAUCUUAAACUACUCACUUCCGAAGCUACUGUUCCUCAACUUGUCCAGGUCUGGACCAAGCAAAUGACAGGGGAGAAGUCAGCUUGCGAGGAGUAA